AUGGUGCGCGCGCUCCGGCCUUCUUCCCUCGUCGGCCCGUCCUUCUUCUACGCUCUGCUGCUGCUCGUGGUGGCCGCGCUCGUCGGGCAGCACCCAGCGGGCCCGCUGCGGGUGGCGACGGCGCAGAGCGUGUCGGCGCUGGCGCCGGUGCCGGUGCGCGUCGGGGUGAUCCUGGACUGGGCGACCAAGGCGUCGUCGGCGGUGUCGCUGCGGCGGCGGACCGGCAUUCAGAUGGCGGUGGAGGACUACUACGCGGCGCACCCGGGGUCGGCCACCAGGGUGGAGCUCCAUUUCGGGGACUCCAAAGGGGACGUCGUCGGCGCCGCUUCCGCCGCGUUGGACCUGAUCAAGAACGCGCAGGUGCAGGCCAUCAUCGGGCCCAAGACAUCAGCAGAGGCAGAGUUUGUGGCACAUAUCGGCAGCCGCGCUCACGUCCCCGUGCUCUCCUACUCCGCCACGUCCCCGUCCCUCUCCCCGGCGCAGACGCCCUACUUCGUGCGCACCGCCGCCAAAGACUCCUUGCAGGCCACCCCCGUCGCCACUGUCCUAGCACACUUCGGAUGGCGCGCGGCCGUCGUCCUGCACGAGGACUCGCCCUACGGCACCGGCAUCCUCCCGGCGCUCGCCGACGCGCUCCAGAGCGUCGACAGCGCGGCGAUCGUGGAACGCGUGGCCGUGCCGAGCGGCGCGCACGACAACGCCCUCGACGCGCUCCUCUACCGCCUCAAGGCGAUGCCGACGCGCGUGUUCGUCGUGCAUGCCAAUUUCCGCCUGGCCACGCGGCUCUUCCGGCGAGCGGAGGAGGCCGGGAUGAUGUCCGAUGGCUACGCCUGGGUCGUCACAGAUGGCGUCGGAAGCCUCGUGGACAGGCUCAGCCCCGAGGACGUCGACGCCAUGCAAGGCGUCGUCAGCCUCCGGCCUCACGUGGAGCUCACGAGCCAGGUGAAGAACUUCUCGGCGCGGUUCAGGGCGAGGUUCCGACGAGGCAACCCGGCCUCCGACGACGACGUGAUCAAUGACCCGACCGUGACGAGGCUCUGGUCGUACGACACGGCGUGGGCGAUCGCGGCGGCAGCCGAGGCGGCGAGUGUCCCCGGCCCGGCAUUUCAGACGCCGCAGCGUAGCAGGGCCCUUACAGACCUGGACCGGCUCGGCGUGUCGGCCACCGGAGCAGCGCUUCUCAGAGCGGUGGUCAACACAACGUUCGACGGGAUGGCCGGCAGGUUCAAGCUUGUGAACGGGCAGCUGCAGGUGGCGGCGUACGAGGUCGUGAACAUCAUCGGGAACGGCGCCAGGACGGUGGGGUUUUGGACGCCGGAGUCCGGCAUCCUGCGGGACCUGAACAACGGUGGCGGCAAGGCUGCGCGGCAGCUGAAACCCAUCCUCUGGCCGGGCGAGGCGCUGUCCAAGCCGAGAGGCUGGACCGAGUCGCCGAACGGACGGGUGCUCAACGUCGCCGUGCCGAUGAAGAACGGGUUCAAGCAGUUCGUGGACGUCGUCGGGGAGAAGAACUCGACGACGCCGAAGGUCACCGGGUACUGCAUCGACGUGUUCGAAGCGGUGAUGAAGAACCUGCCGUACCCGGUGAACUACCGGUACGUGCCGUUCCCCCGAAGCCCGGAUUCCUACGAGAAGCUGGUGGACCAGGUGAGCGGCGGGGAGGCAGACAUUGCGGUCGGGGACGUGACGAUCACGGCGAGCAGGAUGCACGAGGCGGACUUCACGAUGCCGUUCACGGAGUCCGGGUGGGCGAUGGUUGUGGCGACGCGGCCGGACACGAGCGCCAGCAUGUGGAUCUUCCUGCAGCCGCUCACCACCAGCCUCUGGCUCGCCAGCCUCGCCUUCUUCUGCUUCACCGGCUUCGUGGUGUGGGUCAUCGAGCACCGCGUCAACCCGGAGUUCCGCGGCACGCCGUCGCAGCAGUUCGGCCUCAUCUUCUACUUCUCCUUCUCAACGCUCGUCUUCGCACACAAGGAGAAGCUGGAGAGCAACCUGUCGAGGUUGGUGGUGAUCAUAUGGGUGUUCGUGGUGCUGAUCCUGACGUCAAGCUACACGGCGAGCCUGACGUCGAUGCUGACGGUCCAGCAGCUCCGGCCGACGGUGACCGACGUGAAGGAGCUGCAGAGGCGCGGCCAACACAUCGGGUACCAGGAGGGGAGCUUCAUCGAGCCCUUACUCACGAAGAUGGGCUUCGACGGGAGGAAGAUGAAGAAGUACAGCACGCUGGAGCAGUACGCCGACGCGCUGUCCAAUGGCUCGGCGAACGGCGGCGUGGACGCGGUGUUCGACGAGAUCCCGUACCUGAAGCUGUUCCUGUCGCAGCACUGCGACGGGUACAUGCAGGUGGGGCCCGUCUACAAGACCGACGGCUUCGGGUUCGUGUUCCCGCGCGGGUCGCCCAUGGUGGGCGACGUGUCGCGGGAGAUCCUGAGGCUGGCGGAGGGCGACCAGAUGGCGCGGAUAGAGAAGGCGUGGUUCGGCGAGCCCGGCACGUGCCGGGACGCGCUGGGCGGCAUCGGCGGCGGCGACGGCUCGUCCAACCUCAGCUUCCGGAGCUUCGGAGGGCUGUUCCUCAUCACCGGCGUCGUCUCCAGCCUCAUGCUGCUGCUUUACGUCGCCAUCUUCAUGUACCGCGAGCGCGACGAGCUCCGGGAGGCGGAGGCGGAGGCCAAGGCCGAGGCCGGCUCCGGGAGCGUGCCCGUGCGGAGGCUGCGCGUAUUGCUGCAGCACUACGACAAGAGGGACAUCAAGUCCCCCACCUUCAGGACGUGGAACGACGACUCCGUCAGGAACGGCAGCGACUACGCGGGCAGGACGCCGAGAUGGAGCGGCGGCGACGCGAGCCUGACGCCGAGGGCCGGUGGGGAGGAACACGCCAUGGGACGGGCGAGCCCGCUGAGCGUGGACAUCAGCUCGGAGAUGAAUGCUGGCUCUUCGCCGGAGGGGACGCCGGUGUCGGAGAUCAGUGAAUCAUUUGAGCAGAGGAUGGAGGGGGCAGCAGCCGCCGUGGAGAUGACAAGGCCAACUGUCUCUCAACUGCAGUAA